CGACCAGUCACUCUUUGCCUGGGAACGGCAGGCACGUCCCCUUCUUGAUUGCCUCUCCCCGACCCCCGCCCCAAGCUACUGAAAAAGGAAACAUGCGCACUUCAGAGCUAGGAGCUGUCCGAGUGCUGAAAUUUAUAGGCUGGGAAACUAGAUUCCUGUCAGAUUUUGAAUCUGGACAAUAAAUAGAUACUUUGUCUAGCUUCUUUUUGGAAUCAUUUCGGGAUAUUUUCCACAAGCAUCACAGAACCAGGAAUGAACCGGCAGCUAGUGAACAUUUUGACAGUCUUGUUUGCAUUUUUCUUAGAGACAAACCACUUCAGAGUCAAGAGAAAUGGAACAAAUAGAAAUAAUAUUACGAAUACCAGGCAAACUCACUAUGUUCCUUUCAGAUUCACACUUCCUACUAUGAUUAAGAAAGAUUCUGGGCUGGGUUUUAUUUGAAUCUUCAUCAUCCUCAUCCUCAUCCUCAUCCUCAUCCUCAUCACCACCACCACCAUCAUAAUCAAACAAACUUGAUUAAUAAGAUGAAUCUCCUUGUGGGAAUGGCAGCUUUCUGCAAAGACCAUGACACCAGGUCUGGGAAACAGCCUUCGCAGACCCUGUCCCCUUCAGAUUUCUUGGACAAAUUAAUGGGAAGGACAUCAGGAUAUGAUGCAAGAAUUAGGCCAAAUUUUAAAGUUUUGGAUCAGUCACAGAGACCACCAUGGAUUACCGCGUGAAUAUUUUUCUGAGACAACAGUGGAAUGAUUCACGGCUGGCCUACAGUGAGUAUCCGGAUGAUUCCCUGGACUUGGACCCAUCUAUGCUAGACUCCAUUUGGAAACCAGACUUAUUCUUUGCCAAUGAGAAGGGUGCCAACUUCCAUGAUGUCACCACUGACAACAAGUUGCUGAGGAUUUCAAAAAAUGGGAAAGUGCUCUACAGUAUCAGACUCACCUUGACCUUAUCCUGUCCCAUGGACUUGAAGAACUUUCCAAUGGAUGUUCAGACCUGUACAAUGCAGCUGGAGAGUUUUGGAUACACAAUGAAUGAUCUGAUAUUUGAAUGGUUAAGUGAUGGUCCAGUGCAAGUGGCUGAAGGACUGACCUUGCCCCAAUUUAUUCUGAAAGAAGAGAAGGAACUUGGCUACUGCACAAAGCAUUACAACACUGGAAAGUUUACCUGCAUUGAGGUCAAGUUUCACCUGGAACGCCAAAUGGGAUAUUAUUUGAUCCAGAUGUACAUUCCCAGCCUGUUGAUAGUCAUUUUGUCCUGGGUCUCUUUUUGGAUAAACAUGGAUGCAGCCCCUGCUAGGGUUGCGCUGGGCAUCACCACAGUCUUAACGAUGACCACCCAGAGUUCAGGUUCCAGGGCAUCUCUGCCAAAGGUCUCCUAUGUGAAAGCGAUUGACAUCUGGAUGGCAGUGUGCCUUCUGUUUGUGUUUGCUGCCUUACUGGAAUAUGCAGCAGUGAACUUUGUCUCCAGGCAGCACAAGGAGUUCCUGCGCCUCCGAAGAAGACAGAAGAGGCAGAAUAAGGAAGAAGAUGUGACUCGUGAAAGUCGUUUUAACUUUAGUGGUUACGGGAUGGGUCACUGCCUCCAAGUGAAAGAUGGAACAGCUGUCAAGGCCACACCUGCCAACCCACUUCCACAACCCCCAAAAGAUGCCGAUGCCAUCAAGAAGAAGUUUGUUGACCGGGCAAAAAGGAUUGACACAAUAUCUCGAGCUGCCUUCCCACUGGCCUUCCUCAUAUUCAAUAUCUUUUACUGGAUCACCUAUAAGAUCAUUCGUCAUGAAGACAUCCACAAGAAAUAGAUGUGCCCAACAUAUGCUGGGACCUUCUCGCCUAAGUGUUGUGCUUGUAAAUACACAGUGAAAUUGUCUUUAUAUCACUUUGACAGAGAAAAAGACUGAGGGAGGGGGGAGGGAGG